UUAAAAGGAAACUGCUCGUCACCUCUUACGCUAUCUAUUCACGCAGUGCUACCUUUUACAUAAAGUUUUAAUUAUUCAUUAUCCAAGUAAAGCUGUGUGCGGGAACGCGCUCUAAGACGUAAUGAAGAGAAACGACGGCGAGAUGGGAGGAGCCGAAACUCCCAUUGCAGGGCCGGCCAGGUUUGGUUGAGGCCGCGACGCCGUGGGCGCGCCUUCCGCUCAGCAGGCGUAGGGCCGGCCCGAAAGCGCGCUGCUCUUCCCCAGGGUUGUUGCUGCUUGUUUGGGCGGCGCGUCACGUCACGGCUGCGUUGACUCAGCGGCGGCCUCCUAUCCCUCCUCCUUUUCCUCCUGGGUCCGCUCAGGCCUGGCGCUCACUCCGGUUCUCUCAGCCUUCUCUCGCCAGCGCCCCUUCUUCUUCUUCUUCGUCACUCCCUUAGGCCGGCAGGGAGGGAAGCCGAAGCUGGGAAAAGGCCAUGACCGUGGAGCAGAAUGUGCUGCAGCAGAGCAACACCCAGAAGCUCUUUAAUUCUUCAGCACCAGCAGACGUUUCUGAAUCAGCUGAGAGAAAUCACUGGUAUCAAUGACACUCAAGUACUACAGCAAGCCUUGAAGGAUAGCAAUGGAAACCUAGAAUUAGCAGUAGCCCUCCUAACGGCAAAGAAUGCCAAGAUUCCUCAGCAAGAAGAAACAACAUACUAUCAAACAGCACUUCCUGCUAAUGACAGAUAUAUAAGUGUAGGAAGCCAAGCAGAUACAAAUGUAAUUGAUCUCACAGGGGAUGACAAAGAUGAUCUACAGAGAGCUAUUGCCCUCAGUUUAGAGGAAUCAAACAGGACAUUCAGGGAGACUGGGAUAACAGAUGAGGAACAGGCCAUUAGUAGAGUUUUAGAAGCCAGCAUAGCAGAAAACAAAGCAAGUCUGAAAAGAACACAUCCAGAAGUCUGGAGUGAUUCUCCAAAUCCAUAUGACAGAAAACGUCAAGAUAUUUGUCCAGUGGGCUUAAAAAAUGUUGGUAACACAUGCUGGUUCAGUGCCGUUAUACAGUCAUUAUUUAACCUGUUGGAAUUUCGAAGGCUAGUCUUGAAUUACAAUCUACCUGCAAGUGCUCAAGAUCUCCCUCGAAACCAAAAGGAACAUAGAAAUUUACCUUUUAUGCGUGAAUUAAGAUACCUCUUUGCACUUCUUGUUGGCUCGAAAAGAAAAUAUGUUGAUCCAUCAAGAGCUGUUGAAAUUCUUAAAGAUGCAUUUAAAUCAAAUGAUUCUCAGCAGCAAGAUGUGAGUGAAUUCACACAUAAGUUGCUGGAUUGGUUAGAAGAUGCCUUUCAAAUCCAGGCUGAAGAGGAACAGAAUGGAGAGAAGCCUAAGAACCCAAUGGUAGAACUGUUUUAUGGCCGAUUUUUAGCAGCUGGAUUUCUUGAAGGAAAGAAAUUUGAAAAUACAGAGAUGUUUGGCCAGUAUCCACUUCAAGUUAAUGGUUUCAGAGAUCUUCAUGAGUGCCUAGAGGCUGCCAUGGUUGAGGGAGAAAUUGAAUCUUUACACUCAGAAGAUUCCGGAAAAUCUGGUCAGGAGCACUGGUUCACUGAGUUACCUCCAGUCUUGACCUUUGAGCUCUCAAGAUUUGAAUUCAAUCAAGCUUUGGGAAGGCCAGAAAAGAUACACAACAAAUUAGAAUUCCCUCCAGUUUUAUACCUAGACAGGUAUAUGCACAAAAACAGAGAAACUACACGAAUAAAACGAGAUGAAAUCAAGAGACUGAAAGAAUACCUCACAGUAUUGCAGCAGCGAUUAGAAAGAUAUUUAAGCUAUGGUUCUGGUCCUAAACGAUUCCCAUUGGUAGAUGUCCUACAGUACGCGUUGGAGUUUGCCUCAAGUAAGCCAGUAUGUACAUCUCCUAUUGAGGAUCUUAGUACUAGUGCUCUUCCUAGCGGUCCUCUGUCAACACAUGCAAUACCAAGCACAGCAGAACAACAGGGGCCUUCUACAGAAACACAGAGCGCAGCACCUGCACAGCGAUCAGUUAUACACAAGCCAUUUACACAAUCACGGAUUCCUCCAGACCUACCCAUGCAUCCAGCACCACGGCACAUAACUGAAGAGGAGCUAUCAGUACUAGAGGACUGUUUACACCGUUGGAGAAAAGAGGUGGAAAACGAUACUAGAGAUUUGCAAGAAAGCAUAGCUAGAAUACAGAGAACAAUUGAGUUAAUGUACUCUGACAAAUCAAUGUUGCAAGUUCCUUAUCGGUUACAUGCGGUAUUAGUUCAUGAAGGCCAAGCUAAUGCAGGACAUUAUUGGGCAUAUAUUUUUGACAGUUAUCAACAGAGGUGGAUGAAGUACAAUGAUAUUUCUGUGACAAAAUCUACUUGGGAAGAGCUUGAGCGUGACUCAUUUGGUGGUUAUAGGAAUGCAAGUGCUUAUUGUUUAAUGUAUAUCAAUGAUAAAGAACCACUUUUUAUACAAGAAGAAUUUAACAAGGAUACUGGGCAUAUGAUAGUUGGAUUGGAUACCUUACCUCCUGAUUUAAGAGAUUUUGUUAAAGAAGACAAUAAACGUUUUGAAAAAGAGUUAGAAGAAUGGGAUGCACAGGUUUCUUUGAAAACUCAACAGGAAAAAAUAUCCCCUAUGCCCAGGAUGCCUAUGUCAUCUACUGCCCGAGAAGAACCAGAGUAUUUGGAACAACCCUCAACAGCUGAUUUCUCAAAACAGUUGAAAGAAGACUCUAUACGAGCAAUCACAAAAGCAUUUACUGAACAAGAAGAUAAGAAUCCUGAAACGAUUAUGCACAUGAAUUCUCAUAAUGACCCAAUUGGAACAGCUCCAAAUCAAAAAGUUGUAGAAGUGACGAUUCCUGAUAUAGGGACAUACGUGGUUGAGUCAGAGGAAGGGGGUUAUGAUGAUGAGGUUAUGCUGACCCCGAACAUGCAAGGUAUUAUAAUGGCUAUAGGUAAAGCUACGCAUAUAUAUGACAGGUGUGGGCCAGAAGCAGGGUUCUUUCAGGCAAUAAAAUUUGAAUAUGCAAGAUUACUCAAACUGGCUCAAGAAGACACACCACCUGAACGUGACUAUCGUUUGCAUCAUGCAAUUGUAUAUUUCAUCCAGAAUCAGGCCCCAAAGAAAAUAAUUGAGCGAACAUUGUUGGAGCAGUUUGCAGAUCACAAUUUGAGCUUUGAUGAAAGGUGCCGUAACGUGAUGAAAGUGGCUCAAGCCAAACUUCAAAUGAUAAAGCCAGAUGAAGUUAACAUGGAAGAUUAUGAGUGGUGGCACCAAGAGUACCGAAAUUUCAGAGAUACAACAGUAUAUCUCAUGGUGGGAUUGGAACUUUUUCAAAAAAGGAAUUUUAAAGAAGCUUUGUUAUAUCUUAUAUGUGCAUACCACAAGAACAAAGAACUCUCAGCAAAUGGUUUGUAUAGGGGGCAUGAUGAAGAACUUAUAUCCCAUUACAGAAGAGAAUGUUUGCUGAAAUUAAAUGAGUGUGCUGCUGCACAGUUUGAAUCUGGAGAUGAUCAACAGGUAAAUAAGGGCCUGGAAAUUAUGAAUGAGCUUAUCGUCCCUUGUCUACCAUUAUUGCUGGUGGAUGAAACAGAGGAAAAGGAUAUUGUUGCUGUGGAAGAUAUGAGAAACAGGUGGUGUUCAUAUCUUGGACAAGAAAUGGAGCCUAAUUUACAAGAAAAAUUGACGGAUUUUCUGCCAAAAUUGCUAGAUUGUUCUACAGAAAUUAAAGGCUUCAGUGACUCACCAAAAUUACCUUCUUAUUCCACCAAUGAACUGUGUGAGCGUUUUGCCCGAAUCAUGUUGUCACUCAGUCGAACUCCAGCUGAUGGAAGAUAAACACUGAAGACCUUCCUUAAGCACACUGUAUAAACUGGUUUUUUAUUCUUAAUCCUUGCCUUCCUGUCACAGGAUUUGCUUGUUGCUGCUAUAGUUUUUAACUCUUUAAUUUUAAUAACUAAGAAAAGAAAGAGGAUUGUACAGAAAUUAGCCAGACUGCAGGCAAUAUUACUGAGAAUCGCAUGGUACUCAGUUCCUAAUCAGCCAGAAUUUGUGCAACAUUACAAGUCUGAUUUUAUUUUGGCAAACCUGCUUUUUUGCCACUUACCUGUUACAGUAUUAUUUUAACUUAAGAUCCUUUACUUCAUGAACAGUUUUCUGUUCGGUCUGGACUAUUCUGUGACUCCAUCAAUUUUAAAGUGACCAGUGUAAAAUACAUGAUACCUGGUAGCGUGUAAAUUACAUCAAAGAAUAAAAAAGUUUUAUUUAUGGCUACUUUGGUUGCAAAUGAAUUAUAUUUUUUUAAAUGAGAAAUUUAUAUUUGUGAAUUAUAAACCUACAUUUUAUAUAUGGUAUGUAACAUAAAUUGAUAAUGAUAAGUAGCGCAGGCAGGCAUAAGAUCCUUGGAAAAUUGUUGGUGUUUAAAUUAUAUGUUAAAUACUUAGCACACAGAAAGUUUCAGGCAUUUGGACUCCAGUGUCCUCAGCCUAUCAAGUUUUAAUACUGUGGUGGUCAUUGAUUUCCAUUUCCAGAACCAAGUGGUGUCUAAACUAAUAAGAGACCCUGCUGUUGGUCUUACCUGCCUACUUAGCUUAUCUGAAUCACACAGACUUCAGGACACAUGUUCUCAAUUCUUUAAAUUGGAAGAAUAACCACUACGCAAAGAACAUUAGGUCUUUGAUAGCAGACACUAGGCAGAAUAAGGGCAAUAGGAAUUACAGGUAGUCCUCGACUUACAAUAGUUCAUUUAGUGACU